UUUUAACCGCGAGCCGCCAAAUAAACCCAAAAGCAAAACGGUACCGUCUAAGCUGGAGGUGCGAGUUCAAUGGAAGAAGAAGCUUCAAACUCAUCGGCGUUGCCGGAAGCAUUCAUCGAUUUCCUGAAACACAACGGACUCGACCCUUCCAUCUACACCGCCUGCCACUCCACCCCUCGUUACAUAAGGCUGAAACCUGGUUGCGAAGCUCAAAUUGAAGCAAUUGAAGGUGAAAUCAAGUGCAAGCUUGAGAGAGUGGAGUGGUUGCCUGGCUUUUAUUCUCUUCCCUCAGAUGUUCAAAUCGCUAAUUCAAAUGCGUACAGAGAAGGGAAGAUAUAUGGAAUCGAUGCGGCGUCGGGAGCUGCUGUUUCAGCAUUGGAUAUUUCAGCUGGAGAUCAUGUUCUUGAUCUUUGCGCCGCGCCGGGUGCUAAGCUUUGUUUGAUAUCAGACAUUCUGGGUGAUUCGGGUUCAGUAACUGGCGUUGAUGUUUCAAGACACCGACUAGCGGCUUGUAGGACAAUGCUGCAGAAAUAUGCAUUGGGCAAUCACUGCCGGCUCUUCGUUGCUGAUGGGACUACUUUUUCCAUCAUUCCCAUGAGAGUUCAUGCCAAUUCUAAAUCAUGUGAAUCUGGACUAAAGGAAAAUGUGACAUUUAAGGAGUGGACAUCUAGGAGACCAUGGAAAGAAAGGAAAGAGGCAGCUAGGAUAAGAAAAGGUGGUGCUGUGCUUUCAGGUCCAGAGCUCAUCUAUUAUGGCUGCCAAUCUGGUGUUGUCGGGCUAAAGAAAAGUGAACUGUACCGAACUUUUUGUGACACUGAGUUUUUGAGCUGUGGCUAUGACAAGGUCCUAGUUGAUGCAGAGUGCACUCAUGAUGGAUCAAUUAAACAUGUCCAAAAAUUUGAACACUGGGGUUGGGACACUCUUCAACGCCGUGUAUUGGAUGCAGAGAGAGGUGAUAGCCUCACUGUACUUCAGUUAAAGCUCCUUACGAAUGGUUUUAGAUUGCUAAAAGCUGGGGGGCUGCUUGUUUAUAGCACUUGCAGUUUGACAGUUGCUCAGAAUGAAGAUGUGGUAAAGCAGUUUCUUGAGGAAAACCCUUCUGCAGAGUUGCAGGCGAUAGAUGCUGCUGAAAAUUGGCCUUGCAAGGACGGGCAACUACAGAAAACCCUGCGCUUUGAUCCUUUGACUUCAAACACUAGUGGACUGUUUGUUGCAAAGUUUACAAAAUUGGCCAUUUAAUCAAAGUUUGCUAGACGUCUUAAUGCCCCUUUGCCUUUGGGGGAUUAAUUUUUGUAAUGGCAUACAUUGUAGUUCAUAACUUUGUUUUUUUCAUUGCUAAUGACCACAACUGAAAUUGGAGGAAUAUAAUUCCAGCAAAAGUUCCUCUCU